AUGCCACAUGGAGUGCAUAAGUCAAAGAGGCCAAGUGGAUACCAGCAAAGGAGAACAAGAGAGUCAAAAAUUCAAGCAAUCAAAACCCUUGCUGGAUCCUUGCUCAAGUAUGUCAAAAGACCAGAUGAUGGCCAGGGUUCAUCAAAAGACACUCCGCCAAUUGAUCAAGCUGAUUCUUCUGAUGCUUUUGCUAGAAAGCUUUCUGCAGAGGAGCAAGAAGUGGAAAUAGCAGAAACUGAAGAAGAGCAAGGAGGGGAAAUUACAGAAUCUGAAACAGAAGAGAGUGCUGAAAGCGACUCGAGCCAUAGUCCGUACACCAUGAAAGACAUGACUGCAGUUAAGGAGAAAGAUUUGCAAAUUUUAUCUGAUGUGUCCUUCUGGGAGAUACCGGUUCCAGAUCAUUUUCAGGUAGAAAUUGUGAAAAGAGGAAGUGCUUCUUUCCAGAACCAAGAUGGUCCUUUUAGUGUCACCAAAAGGCCCGAUGAAAAAGCUGCAUCAAAGGGAGAAGUGCGUCAACUUUCAAAAGUGUGGUUUUACAAGGUCAUGCCAAACGGAGAGAAAAUUCUGAGGACAUGGAUGGUUUACUCACCUGUCAGCGGGAAUUUAUAUUGCUUUUGUUGCCAACUCUUUACCAGCUGUACUACAGAUACAACAUCCAAAUUUGUCACUGGGUUUCAGAAGUGGUGGAAACUGAGCCCAAAUGUAUAUAAUCAUGAGACAUCCGAAGAGCACUUAUACUGUUUGGAAAAGUGGAAAACUUUGGCAGCAGGACUGAGGCUGCAUGAAACUAUUGAUGCCCAAACUAUUUCUAGGAUGGAGACUGAGAAGAAAAAGUGGAGGGACAUUUUGCACAGGUUGUUGGAUAUCACAUUGUUUCUUGCCAAGCAGAAUCUGGCAUUUCAUGGUCACAAGGAAGAGGAGUCUUCUUUGACUAAGGGGAACUUUCGUGAGAUGCUUUCCAAGUAUGAUCCGGUACUGAAGGAACACCUAAUUAGGUUAAAGCGGCACACCUGUAAACUUAACCUGUCUGUCUCCUAUCUGUCUCCACAAACUCAGAAUGAGUUUAUAAGUGUCCUGGCAAAUCAUGUGAAGGAGAAGAUUGUAACGGACAUAAAGUCUGCCAAGUACUUUGGCAUCAUGUUUGACAGCACACCUGACGUAUCGCAUACUGAUCAGAUGUCUGAAGUGAUCAGAUAUGUACACAUCACCAACAGGAAAGUUGAGGUAAAAAAGUUUUUUUUAGGAUUUUUCCCUUUAAAGGGGAAAAAAAAAGCUGCUGACCUCAGUGACAUUCUUCAAAAACUAGAAAGUGAUGGACUAGACAUAAUGAUGUGCCGCUCUCAGGGUUAUGAUAAUGCUGCUACUAUGGCUGGAAUCCAUGGAGUUGUACAAUCCAUUCUGAAGGGAAAAAACAGGAAGGCUAUUUUUAAUAGAUGUGUGGACGAUUCCCUUAACUUGUGUGGUCAGCACUCUUUUGCUCAAAAUGCAUCUUGCGUGACCUUUUUUGGAACUCUGCAGACAAUGUUUUCUUUUUUUGCUGCUUCCACCCAUCGAUGGGUUGUGUUAAUUGACCAUGCUGGAGUGUCAGUAAAAAGACUAUCCACAACGCGCUGGAGUGCUCAUUAUGCUGCAGUUAAGCCAGUAAAAGAAAAAUUUGACAUCUUUGUGUCGGCACUUGAAGCUCUUUGUGAACCUUGUGAAAAUAUGGACACAAGAGGAGCAGCACAAGGUCUUCUACCUGCUGUCUGUGACUUUACUUUUCUAUGCUACCUGCACUUCUGGUCUGAUGUACUGAGGGAAGUUGAUGAUACACAGCACUUCCUGCAGACUAAGGGCUUAAGUCUCGAUAAAGUGGUGACAAAGCUUGAGACACUAAGACUUUUUCUGUGUGAGGAGCGCAGUCACCUAGUCGAAAAUGCAAUUCAGCAGGCACUUUUAAAAGCUGAUGAAUAUGGAAUUGCAGUAGAGAGAAGAACCAGGUUCAAGAAGAGGAUGGCAGGGGAACUGGCAAGAAAUGCUGGAAGCCCAAGUCUCCAAGAAGAAAAAAAGAGGGCGAUGUUUGAGUGCAUUGAUCGCUUUCAUUUGGAACUCCAAACCAGAUAA